AUGUUUACGGCGGAAGACUUCCGAGAGCAGCUAGAUGCAAAAGUUGCAGACCUUUUGCGAGACGGAGCACCACGGUCGGCAGCGGCGGGCGGAGAAGCAGGGGUUGGUAGGUCGCAGGUGGUGGAGACUCCUAGGCCCGCACAGAAAAAGGGCAUGCGCACCGCCAAGGAAGCGAGUGCGGCGGCGAACACGAUGCACGGGAACAUCGUCAACUGCUGGGCCGCAUCAACAAACGAGCCGAUCAAGCGUACCCGCAAUGGCAUCGUGGAGGAAGUCACCCGCGUCCACUAUCCCAUCGCACCACCUCCUCCCAAGUUGAAGUGGCUGUACUGCCCGAAGACCGUUGCCUCCGAACAAUGUCGAUCGCUACACUGUAGUGCCGUGCACCCAGCUCCUCUUCGGCAUCUUGGACGAGGGCUCAGGCGCGCCCUCACGACGGGUGGGACCAUGACGACUCUUCCUUGGCACGGGUACUCGGGCAGGUGUUUUAAUGUCGGGCACACCACUGCGGCCGCCAGAAAAUGUACCACGUGCGAGGGAGCUGUUCGUUUGAGCUGCAACCAAGGAUCCAAGGCGGUGGUACAUCAGACUUGCCUUUGGUCGGACGAAGAACGCACCAAGCGGAAGAAAACACGAGGGGCUGAGAAGAGGACGCAGUACAGCAACAGGAAGAAGGCUGCGGUGGUCGCGGAGCUGCGAGAGCUGGAGGCCGAUCACGCCGAAAAGAUCUGGCAUGUUCACGGCGUGUCGUGGCAGCAGUUCCUGGCAAGGAAGACCGGCAUUCCCCAACCCAACAUCUGCAAGUGGAAAGGUGACGCAGAGAAGCUAAUCGCAGCCGCGGCCAAUGACUUGAAGAAAUACCUUUUCAAGACUGGCAGGGAGAGGAGGUGGUUCGGAGACGCAGAAAGAAGCUGCACUUGCUGCUGCUGCAACGGCGCAACAGAAAGCUCAGAGUGUCGACAGCCUGGAUUCGAGUCAACGCGAGAAAGCUCGUGGUGGAAAUGUAUCCGGACGACCCGCGUGCAAAGAACUUUUCAGCGUCGGACCGGUGGUGCAGGAAGUUCGCGAAGCGCCACCAUCUUCCGAAACGAAGGCGCCNCGACAGCCUGGAUUCGAGUCAACGCGAGAAAGCUUGUCGUGGAAAUGUAUCCGGACGACCCGCGUGCAAAGAACUUUUCAGCGUCGGACCGGUGGUGCAGGAAGUUCGCGAAGCGCCACCAUCUCUCGAAACGAAGGCGCACAAACAUGAAGAACAAGUCGGUGGAGGACCGUCUUCCGCAGAUGAAGAGCUUCCACAGGAGGCUGCGCCAGCUGCUGCAGGAACCACCCGUUCGCCGGGCCGCUGCUGGGUGCGCCGCCGAGAACAACGGCGCUGCGAUCGUUCCUGUGGAAUCGCCCCACUACGGGCGCUUCAGCCUGAAUACGCGUUUCAACGUCGACCAGGUUGGGCUCGCAUUUGUCAACGGCCUCGACUCGACAUGGGACGAGACGGGAGCUUUGCGAGUGCAAAUUGGGCAGCCAUUCCCUGGUCUUGAGAAGCGACAGUGCACCGUCAACUGUUGCAUCGGAGCUGGCNCAGCUGGCGACAAGUUGAGGCGGACCGCGGUUAUUUUCCGCGGCAACGGCAAAGUCUCAGCGGUGGAGAAGGCGGCGUACGACCCCGGCGUGGACGUGCUCUUCCAGGAGAACGCGUGGAUGGACGACCCAACGUGCAUGGCGUGGGCAAAAAACAGCUUCCUACGCAGCAUCAAGGGGGAGGAAGGUGUCGUUCCAGAGGAGCAGUCCAUCCUUUUCGCGGACAACCUGCACGCGCAGACAACGGACGAGUUCAAGAAACUCCUUCACGGCGAGUGCAACACGCUGCUGCGGCUUCUUCCCCCCAAGUUGACCGACGAACUCCAACCGGUCGAUGCCGGCUAUGGACACCUCCUCAAAGUCGAAGUCGGUAACGAACUGGAUGAAUUUCUUGGGCACGAGGAAAACCUUUGCCUGUGGGAGACCAUCAAGCUUUCAGCUGGUGCAAGGCGAAUCCUUUUCACGCGAUUCAUUGCAAGGGCGGUCGCGCAAAUGGACGCUCGGCCUGGGUACCGCCAUGGCCUGUUCGAGAAGACCGGACUGGCGAUGACGGCAGACGGGUCGUUGGACGACCGCGUCACUCCGGAGGGUGUAGUUGGGGCGUACAACUUCAUGGACGGGGGCACGAGCAGUGACGAGGAGAUGCCCGACCAGGAUGAAGAGGUGAUGGCCACGGCGAUUUUUAAGACCCCCUGUCACAGCUAGACAGCGACGAUGACGUCUAC